CUGGAGUCGGCGGCUGGGCUCCGCAGCGCAGCAAACACCGCGCGGCACCACCAGCCCGGCCCCAUGCCCGCAACCCCGCCAGACCGCCCCUGAGCGCGGGCGCCCCGCCGCGCCCCCUCCCGCCGGCAUCAUUGCCCCGACGGCGCGGCCGGGUGGCCCGGCGCUCCCCAGGCUCCGCGCCGGCCGGAAGACACUGCUGGUGGCCGCCGCGGGCGUGGUGAUGCUGCUGGUGCUGGUGGUGCUCAUCCCCGUGCUGGUGAGCUCGGGCGGCCCAGACGGCCACUAUGAGAUGCUGGGCACCUGCCGCAUGGUGUGCGACCCCUACCCCGCGCGGGGCCCCGGCGCCGGCGCACGGCCCGACGGUGGCGACGCCCUGAGUGAGCAGAGCGGCGCGCCCCCGCCAUCCACGCUGGUGCAGGGCCCCCAAGGGAAGCCGGGCCGCACAGGCAAGCCGGGUCCCCCUGGGCCUCCCGGGGAUCCGGGUCCUCCGGGCCCCGUGGGGCCGCCUGGGGAGAAGGGUGAACCAGGCAAGCCAGGGCUCCCCGGGCUGCCAGGCGCGGGGGGCAGUGGCGCCAUCAGCACUGCCACCUACACCACAGUGCCGCGCGUGGCCUUCUACGCUGGCCUCAAGAACCCCCAUGAGGGUUACGAGGUGCUCAAGUUCGACGACGUGGUCACCAACCUAGGCAACAAUUACGACGCGGCUAGCGGCAAGUUUACGUGCAACAUUCCAGGCACCUACUUUUUCACCUACCAUGUCCUCAUGCGCGGCGGCGACGGCACCAGUAUGUGGGCGGACCUCUGCAAGAACGGUCAGGUCCGGGCCAGUGCUAUUGCCCAGGAUGCAGACCAGAACUAUGACUAUGCCAGCAACAGCGUGAUACUGCAUUUGGACGCAGGUGAUGAGGUCUUCAUCAAGCUCGAUGGAGGCAAAGCGCAUGGCGGCAACAGCAACAAAUACAGCACAUUCUCUGGCUUCAUUAUCUACUCCGACUGA